AGAUAGGCUGACGCGGUUCUGAGGCGAGCGUGAUAGGUUUUUGGGAAGGCGGAAGGUUUGAAUGGUCAAGGCUUUUGGCUGUUAAUCUUACUCUUAGGCUGUAACUUCAACCUUCUGCUGAGAGAAGCGGCGAAACCCGAACCUGGCCUAUCUGGUCGAGAGGCAUAGAUGUAUGGUUAAAUCGCCUCAGUUACCUCAGAUUUGUCUUUAGUUCUUCUAGAAUCUUCGCUUGUGUCUGAUUUCCCUGCUUACUUUCAUUCCUCCUGAAGGCAAGUCUCGGACUCAAACCUGCGGUAAGCCUGGAGCUGUGCCCUCCACAGAAUCACGGGCCUCGCGAACGGUGUUUAGGUGGACAAAACAGGCAUUAUCGCGAGUUAGGAGACCUGAGUUCCUUCCUGUCGGGAGUCAUGAACUGUGUGGCCCCUAACAAGUCAAAGGCUUCUUUUAAUUUCAUCUUCAAAACCCUGAGGUUGCCUUUCGAACUCGGAGACCAUGUCUGCAGAAUUCUUCUCAUCCAAAAGAGAGGAGGGAAGCCUUGCCUCAGGACCUAGUUUUAGGUCCAAUCAGAGGAAGAUAUUAAACCUGCUCCUUGAGAGAGAUGCUUCCUUUUCCAUCAGUUCAGAACUCCCUACAACUCCAGUGGAGAAGAAACUUUUUGGUGACUCUGCAAACCUAAGCAUUUUGUCUGGAGGAACCCCAAAACGUUGCCUUGAUCUUUCGAAUCUUAGCAGCGGGGAGAUGUCUGCCACUCAGCUUACUGCUUCUGCAGACCUUGAUGAAACUGGUAGGGAAAAGGGAGGUCAUUUGGAGUCUACAGGACCUGAGCAAGUACGGUUAGCUGGAAUGAAUUACCGCCAACAUCUUAUAAAAUGUAGCCCAGCACAGCUGUUUUGUAGCACUCCGAAUGCCUUGGAGCAUGGCCGCAGGAAGAAAGAUGCAAUAUGUGGCUCAUCUGCAAAUAAGGAAAAUGACAAUGAAAACUUGGUGGAAAGUGAAAUGAAACAUCUGGGCAGUCCCAUUACUACAGUUUCAAAAUUACAUAAAAAUCCAGAGCUAGCAGAAGAUCAGGCAGAAGAGAUAUCAGAUGAAUUGAUGGAGUUUUCACUGGAAGAUCAAGAAAAGGCCAAGCCACCUCUGAACCGGAGCUCCCUGUAUCAAUCCUCAUCAUUGCCAGACAGCGUGAACAGUCCAAGUCUGAAGCAGGUGGUAAAAUUCAAGGACAGCACAAUACCAGAUAAACUAAAAAAGAAGUAUUGUUCAAACCAAAAAGAGCUCGGAAAGGGCUUAGGUCUAAAGAAAAUGGUCUCCCUCUGUGACAUCAAUAUGACUCAGAUGCUGGAGGAAGAUUCAAACCAGGGGCCUCUGAUUGGUGAUUUCUCCAAGGUAUGUGCACUGCCAACCGUGUCAGGGAAACACCAAGAUCUGAAGUACGUCAACCCAGAAACAGUGGCUGCCUUACUAUCAGGGGAGUUCCAGGGUCUGAUUGAGAAAUUUUAUAUCAUCGAUUGCCGCUAUCCAUAUGAGUACCUGGGAGGACACAUUCAGGGAGCAUUAAACUUUCACAGUCAAGAAGAACUAUAUAACUUCUUUCUGAAGAAACCCAUUGUCCCUUUGGAUAACCAGAAAAGAAUAGUCAUCGUGUUCCAUUGUGAAUUCUCCUCUGAGAGGGGUCCCCGAAUGUGCCGUUCUCUGAGAGAAGAGGACAGGGCUCUGAACCAGUAUCCUGCCCUGUACUACCCAGAGCUAUACAUCCUCAAAGGGGGCUACAGAGACUUCUUUCCAGAAUAUAUGGAGCUGUGUGAACCACAGAGCUACUGCCCGAUGCAUCACCAGGACUAUAAGGCUGAGCUGCUGAGGUGUCGAAACCAGAGCAAAGCAUGGGAAGGAGAGCGGCAGCUGCAGGAACAGAUUGCCUUACUGGUGAAGGAUGUGAGCCCAUGAUAUCAGGUCACCUACUGGCUGCCUGGGACUCACCAAAAGGCACUGUAGAAACCCUGAGCAGAAAGAGGCCAUCUUCUAUGCAGCCUCUUUUCAUUCUAAGAUGUUAAAAGAUGUCAGCAAACCAACAGGCUGCCAAACUAAUGAAAUCUCAGGCGUGGGGAUUGGUUACAUUUUAGUAGAGCUGCUGGCUAGUGAGGAAGUCCUCGAGCUAGUUUUCUAAGGUUGAAGCCUUGGGUUUCAUGGAGAUUUAUGUUGCUUCAGGGGGCUGUUGCAUUCCUCUUCCUAACUACUCACGUCUUCUCAGAGGUCAGCCAGAUCUUUUUCCUGGGCUCUGGCUAUGCAAGAGAGAGUUGAGAGAGUUGUCCAUCUUCUUUCUCUAUAUUUUCCUUCUUUGUCUCCCUCUCUCGUCUUUUUUUAAAAAUGGAAAUAUAAAAUAAAAAAAAAUGGAAAUAUAAACAUUGA